AUGAUAACACCGCCAUCACAGAUAUAUUAUAUAAGCCCAAGAUUUCCAUGUCAACCCACUGUGAACAACAACCGGCACAAGGGCGUACGUAACCUGAACGUUGCGAAGGAAAACAAAGUAGCCAAUGCCUGCACCCAGGCCAAGGAAUCGGUGAGGGAUGGGUCAUCUACGGAUCAACCCAAUGCAGACGACGAGGAGUCAUCGCUCUUCCGAGGCAACCCGGAGAAGCAGAAGCAGAUGGACCAGCUUGAAGCUUUUAGCGAGACUCUUGCAAAGCUCACUACUAGAGCUGAACUAUUUGUCAACUGGUUCCACAAAUUGUCCGGCUCGGGAUCAGACUCUAAGAACUCGAUCACGUUUCAGGUUUCAGCCGCCAGGUUCAGCGGCAAAUUGACUGCCUUUACCUUCGAUGAGGACGGCGGAGACAACGAAGACGGUAACGAUAACGGCACCAACAAGGCAGACGUCGCCAACUCUCCCGGCCUUGAGUUUGCUCUCUGA